AACAGAAUCAACUUCCCUUCUUUCUUCACUCACGAACAAAUUAAUAAAAUUUUCUUUCCUCUUAUUCUAAAUUUAAAUACUGUAAAAUCAUGGCAGUAUUCAGAUUGGCGCCGGAAGAGUCCUCACCGGAUCCAACCCAGCAACAUCCACCGCCGCAACAACAGCUGCAAACCGAUCGAGAUGUGGCGUCCGACGACGAGCGGUCGGUGGCUGCCGAUUCCUGGUCAAUAAAGAGCGAUUAUGGAAGCACACUUGACGAUGAGCAGCGUCACGUUGAUGCCGCCGAAGCCCUCUCCUCCGCUGCCAAUUCCCGUGCUUCCCCAUAUUACAGCUCUGACAAGGAUGAACCAGAUGCCGAUGCAAUGACAACAGUGCUCAGUCUUCAGAGUUAUAGGAAUGGUGCAAAUUCAGAUGAGUUGGCAAAUUCUCAUGAACAUGGCCAUGCUGCUGAAAUUUGGAUUGGAGCUGAUAUCAUUGAUACUUUUACUUCUUGGACCAAAAGCUUGUGUAUUGAUAUUUCUCAAGGUCACAUGCCAAAUCAUGUUGAUGAGGCCAAGUGCGAGCCUGUUUCACAGGAUGAAAAAUAUUUGUCUUGCUGGAGUGUACUUGACAUUGGCACUGGCAACGGUCUGCUUCUUCAGGAACUUGCUAAGCAGGGGUUCACAGAUUUGACUGGUAUUGAUUACAGUGAGGGUACAAUUGACGUUGCUCGAAGUCAUGCCGACCGAGAUGGAUUUUCAAGCAUCAAGUUUCUGGUUGAUGAUAUUAUUGAGACAAAGUUGGAAAAACAAUUUCAACUUGUGAUGGAUAAGGGGACUCUUGAUGCUAUUGGUUUGCAUCCUGAUGGGCCUAUCAAAAGGAUGAUGUACUGGGAUUCGGUUUCAAAAUUGGUGGCCCCUGGUGGAGUAUUAGUAAUUACAUCUUGCAACCAUACAAAAGAUGAGCUGGUGCAUGAGGUGGAAAGUUUCAAUCAAAGAAAUACUGGAAUGCCCCAAGAAACACACACAGAUCGUCCCCGGUUCCGGUAUCUGAACCAUGUUCGAACGUAUCCUACGUUCAUGUUCGGUGGAUCGUUGGGAACACAUGUUGCCACCGUUGCAUUUCAACGGAACUAAAAUCUUAGAUUUUAAACCUUAAACCUACUGGAUGCCACCUAUUAAGGAUGAUU